AAGCCAAGAAUUAAAAAUAAAUAAUUAUAACAAAAUUACGUUGGCAAUGAAACCCUAACGGACAGCUUGGUGCCCUAAAUCUCUUCUUCUUUUGUUUUUUUGGUACUUCUCUAUUUUGCUACUCUCACUCUGCAGGUCUGGCGGCUACCACGAAAAUUUGUUCAUCAACAGCUUGGAGGAGACCUACUCAGAGGAGAGAACUUGGAUUGUAAGAGAGGUAGCGCACAUCACAGCCAUUUUCGAGUGCUGAGCUAAUCAACUCAGCAAAGAUGAAGUUCAAUAUAGCAAAUCCCACCACUGGAUGCCAGAAGAAGCUGGAAAUCGAUGACGACCAAAAGCUGCGUGCCUUUUUUGACAAGAGACUUUCACAGGAGGUCAUUGGUGAUUCCCUGGGAGAUGAGUUCAAGGGAUACGUGUUCAAGAUCAUGGGAGGGUGUGAUAAACAAGGGUUUCCAAUGAAACAGGGGGUUCUCACUCCAGGCCGUGUCCGGCUCCUCAUGCACCGAGGCACACCCUGCUUUCGUGGAUUUGGAAGGCGUGAUGGAGAACGCAGGCGAAAAUCUGUUAGAGGAUGCAUUGUUAGCCCUGACCUCUCUGUCUUGAACUUGGUCAUUGUCAAAAAGGGAGAAAAUGAUCUUCCUGGUCUGACCGACACUGAAAAGCCAAGGAUGAGAGGGCCCAAGAGGGCUUCAAAGAUAAGAAAAUUGUUCAAUCUUUCCAAGGAGGAUGAUGUCAGAAAGUAUGUCAAUACAUACCGUCGGACUUUCACAUCUAAAUCAGGUAAGAAACGUAGCAAGGCUCCAAAGAUUCAGAGGCUUGUAACACCAUUGACUUUGCAAAGGAAGCGCCACAGAAUAGCUGAGAAGAAGAAGCGAAUUGUCAAGGCCAAGUCUGAGGCAGCUGAAUAUCAAAAGCUGCUCGCAUCAAGGUUGAAAGAACAACGUGAACGCAGAAGUGAGAGCUUGGCCAAGAAGAGAGCAACAUCCCGCGUUUCUGCUGGAUCUAAACCAUCAAUUGCUGCAUAAAUUUUUGUCAUUGUCGUUUUCUUAAUGUUUUUGAGCCAUUGUUAUAAUGGGCGGCAUUGCAGACUAAAUGCAAUGGUAAAUUGAGGAAAGAAGCAAAAGCAGUAAUACUUUAUUUGUUGGGUAUUCUUAAUAAUAACAUUUGUUUUGGUA